UCGGCAAAUAAAAAUUGUUGCUGUCGUUAAUUUUUCAUCAACAUCAUCAUCAUCAGCGAUCGCAGCAAUUCAUCGAUCUAACAACCUUAUUAUUGUGCAGUAUGAAUUAUUGGCAAACAAUGGUCAAUGAACAAUAUGAUCAUUAUCUUCGUCAUAAACAACACCAAAAACCAUUCCAAUCACAACAAAUUCAUCAUCAUCAUCAACAACAACAACAACAACGAUCUACGACAACAAACGGAUCUAUUUAUUACAAUUAUGAAAACUGCAACAACAUCAACAACAACAACAAUCGUCAAUCAUUCCACGGUCUGCCGAAUGGACAUUAUCAACAUUAUCAUUCUGGACAGCCACAACAACAACAACGUUUGGGUUCGACAUCCACUACAUUAUCAUCAGCAUUAUCAUCAAUACCAUCAAGUGGGGCAUCAACAAUCAAUUCAGCUACAUCAUCAAAUAAUCCUAUUAAUCAUCAACAUCAUUUACAUGGCCAAUUAUCUUCAACAUCAUUUACAAAUGAUGGUAAUAUUAUGGAUCUGGUACAGGUGGAAGUUGAUUCACCUACAAAAAAAUCUAUAUCUUCCAUUACGGAACAAAUUGUUAAACAACAUCAACAAACAAACAAUGGUUCGGCUACGAUUAUACAAAGAAUGGAACAAUCAUGGUCACCACAAUCAUCACCAUCUUCAUCAUUAUCACAACCAACAGCAGAACAAUGUAGCUAUCAGAAUGAUCAUAUGGACCAAAGUCAAAUUAUUAUUAAUACAAUAACGACCAAAAAUCGUAAUCCAUUAAAAUCAAUAUUGAAAAAUGCUAAAGUAAGCCCACCGCCAUUACAACAAUCGAAUGCCAUCAUCAUGACAAAUGAAACAUCAAAAUCUUCUGCAAAUUCUCAUUCAACAACAACAACAGUGAUGACUACUAGUGAUCGAUCACAGCCAAAAUUUGGCAUAUUAAAAAAAUCAACAUCACCAUCAAUGCAAAUAUCAGAAGAAAUAUCUAUCUCGAACAAAAUAGGUUCCAUACGACGAAAAACCAGUGAUAAUGAUUAUAAUAAUGAUGAUGAUGAUGUUGACACAAGUGAAAGUAUAAGCCUUAAUCAAAACAAAAAAUCGGGUCGAAAAAAUUUGCUCAGCUUUUUUCUUCGAGGUGGUGGUGGUGGUGGUAAAAAUAAAUGUGAAGAAAAUACCGAUAUUGAAGCUAAUCCGAAUGUGAAUAAUUAUAAUAAUCGUGCCAAAAAACAUUCAAUAUCAUCGUUAUCAUCUAAUAACAGUGUUUUGACAAUUGAUGGUGAUAAAUCUCAAAAUUCAAUAACUAAUAAUAAUCUGACACCAACAAACAUACGAUUUCAAGUGGAUUCACCAACAACAAGUAGUAGUAAUAAUACAAAUAUUAGCAAUAAUACAAUUUCCGAACAACAACAACAACAUAUCCAUCAUGAAAAUGAUGAUUUAAAAAUUAUUCAGAAGGAACAAAUCUCCUCUAUAGCAUUGGUAAAAUCGACGGAUCAGACGAUAGAUCAGCAAACAAAGUCGAAUUCGACCAAUGAUAUGCUCAAACAAUCGCAAAUUAAUUUCAACGAUGAUCAUAAGGAUAAAAAUCCUUUACAGUUGUCCGUUAAUUAUCUCCAAGUGCCAUCAUCUUCAUUGCAGCCAUCAGCUGUAUUACCAAUGUCGUUAACCUCACCAAAAUUGUCCACAAAAACGCAACAACAAUCUACUGCAACAACAUCAAGCAUAACAAGCGUACCAUCAAUGCCAGCAAGCCAAACGAAUCAACAACAAUCGCUACCAACAAAUGUGCUUCCAUCAACAGAACAGCCACCAAGACCUAAAGUAUCCGGUUGGGGUCGUUUUAGUUUACCAAGAUCAUCGCAACCAGCAGCAGCCAUUGCUGAACAAUCAUCCAAUCUACAUCGUCCUUCGACAAUCUCACAAACAACGCCAAUCUUUUUAACAACUUCACCAUAUUAUAUGAGUGGAGUUCCGCAGGCAACCGGUGCACGUGUAUCAGAUCUAAGAAAAAUUCUCAAUCCUGAAGUAGAAAAAGAAGAUUCAUUUAAAAAAUUUACCGAAGCUGUUGAAAAUUGUGAUUGUUUUGAAUUCAAUUUGAAUAAUGCUGCCAAAUUGAUAACCAUUGUUGUAUUGUUGGCUACAUUCAUAUUGGUUAUAAAAGCAUUGAAAGGUGAUCGUUGAUAAUAUUAUUUUUUUUUAUUUUGGAAUGCCAUUUUCAACAAUGUUUUUUAGCCACCAAAUAUCACGAUAAAUCUGACAGGAAUACCAAUUGUC